AUGUCUCUACAAUUUGAUGAAACAAAGAGCGUAUUAGACAUUGUUGAUAACCUUCGAUCGCACGGGAUCAGUCGGUAUAUCGAUCUGCCUGAAAUCGUCGUGUGCGGGGAACAAUCUUCCGGCAAAAGCUCGGUCCUUGAAGCAAUUUCAGGUAUACGGUUCCCAAGCAAAGACAAUCUAUGCACUAGGUUCGCAACGGAAUUGAUUCUUCGACGAGGUCCAGAGGCGCCCAUCAAGAUUAGCAUCGUCCCCGGUUCUGCUGAAGAAGAUCGUUCAGAGCAUGACUUGGAGGCAUUGCGGAACUUCAAUGUCUCCGUCCCAGCCGAGGAUUUGCAGUUGGGGGAGAUCAUCGAGUCAGCAAAGACUGUGAUGGGAAUCGACGACAGUAGUAAAGUCUUUAGCUCUGACAUUUUGCGCUUGGAACUAUCAGGGCCGGAUCAACCGCAUCUCACACUCGUCGAUUUACCGGGCUUGUUUCAAGCUGGCAGCCGGACGCAAUCGGACGCAGACAGCGAAACCGUCAAAUCCCUUGUACUCGAAUACAUGAAAAACCCCCGCAGUAUCAUUCUGGCUGUUGUUUCCGCCAAGAACGACUUCAAUAAUCAGUCGAUCACGAGAUACGCACGUCAGAUCGACCCAAAAGGCGAGCGUACACUGGGACUGAUCACGAAACCGGACACACUCGACGAGGGCUCUGACAGCGAGCGGUUUUACCUUGAGUUGGCACAAAACAAAGACGUCAAGUUUCGACUGGGCUGGCACGUGCUACGUAACAGGGACUACACCACCAGGCACUCGUCAGCUGAGGAACGUGACAAGACUGAAGCUUCAUUUUUCAAUUCCGGUAUCUGGAGAUCGCUUCCACCUAACCAAGCUGGCUUGCCAAAUGUGUUUGGCCAGAUCAAAGGUGGGAUACAUGACUGUACAAGUACAUUGCACGCACUAGGUGACUUGAGGGACACAGCGCAACAGCAGCGACGGUAUCUCUUGCAUGUCAGUCAGUCAUUUUGUACGCUCGUUAGGGCUGCAAUUGACGGACAAUACUCAGAUCUUUUUUUCGGCGAUGCCUCCACCCUUGAAGGUUAUCAGAAGCGCUUGCGAGCUGUGCUUCAGAACACCUCAAUCGACUUUGCAGCAGAUAUGAGGAAGAAGGGACAUACUCAAACCAUUAUCGAUGAAGGUCCCAGUGAUCCACCUCAUCGUAUUUCUCGUUCAGACUAUGUGAGAAAGGUCGCCAGACUUCUAGAGCGAAGCAGAGGCCGAGAACUGCCAGGUACAUUCGAUCCACUUAUCGUUGGGCAACUGUUUCAUGAACAGCGCAAACCGUGGGCGAACUUGGUUGAUCGAUAUCUGGAGACCAUCCUUCUUGCAGUUCGGUUUCUGGUAUCUGCAGCUCUUGCGCAUGUCUGUGACCAAUCAACUCUGGGAGGAAUAUCAAGAAGGUUCAUCCACUCUCGCUUGGAGAAGAUGACCGCAGCACUCCGCGAAAAGGUGGCGGAGCUUCUCAAGCCUUAUCAUACUGGUCACCCCAUUACAUACAACCACUAUCUUACCGACAACGUCCAGAAGGCACAAAGUCGGCGUCGAGCAAAAGAAAUCAAGAAGUCUUUGGAGGGAGUCCUUGGCGGAGACUACAGCACCCUUGGGGCCGUCAAGAUCACACUCAAUGUGGACACACUCAUUAAUACGCUCGUUUCGAAAACAGAAGCCGACAUGAACAUUUAUGCCAGCUCUACCGCAACGGAUUUCAUGGAGGCUUUCUACAAGGUCGCAAUGAAAAAGAUCAUCGACGACGUCAGUGUGCUUGCUGUCGAAGCCCUAGUCGUCCAAAGACUUCCGUUCUUGUUUUCACCAGCAGAUGUGGUUGAUCUUGAUGAUGCAACGGUGGCUGCCUUGGCAUCCGAAAGGGGAGAGAUUGCAAAAGAGCGGGCGGCCAACACUGAGAAACUCAGCGUCCUCGAAGACGGACUUGGAGAGCUUCAGAACAUUCAAGGAAUCUCUUCCCUUCUACAAGAUAUUCUGUGGAGGGAAGGCAAGUCAGAACGAGCCGACGAGCUAAACGAAGUGAAUCCGACGCAUCAUAUCCGCAACAGGAGGCGACCCCACGAGAUUCUCCAACGACAGAUGAUGAAUAUGACUCUCCCUAGCCAGUUCCUAAUGACGACUGGGGUCUCUGGCUACCGACCCGAACAGCCUGGCUAG